AUGGAGGAGCAAGAAGAGGUUCCAGCAGAAGUGGAGGUGCAAGGAAAUAAUCUGAUAACGAAGAAUGAAGCUGCAUUAGAGAAAACCGUGGAUGAAGCUGUUAACAAUAUUUUAUUAUUAAUUGAUAAUUCUAAUUGUAUUAAUGAUAAUAAUAAUGAAUUUUAUAUUCCUAAUAAUCAAUUAGGUUAUUAUUUAAAUAUUUCAAAUGAAGUUGAAGAAUUUAAUAAUGAUGAUGAGGGAGAUCAAAUUAUUUUAAGUUAUAAAGAUCAUUUUUGGCAUGAUCACGAGGGUGAUCAAAUUAUUUUAGAUUCGUGUAUUUCUUACAUCCAUGGAAAAAAAAGCCACAAACAUGAAGGAUUAAGGAUAGCAGAGGCUGAAAUUAUAAGACCAUCAACAUCAGCUGCAGCGAGAAAGCGGUCAAUAAAUUUGGAGCCUUCAUCACUGAUACCAACAAAACACCAGCGGUUGGAGCGUUUUAUAGUUUGCGAGGAUUGUAAUGUGGAAGUACAACAGGAAAAAUGUUUUACCCAUUGCACCGCAAAAGAUCAUAAAAUCAAUACAGAGAAAUCGAUUCAAAAUCGAGUGGUCCUAUUGAAAAGCGCAUUUAGAUCUCGGCUUUCUACAUAUCAUUUUCCUAAAGGAGAUACUAAUUUAAAUGUCGAUGGAUUUUUGGAGGAGGGAUAUCAGUUUUUUAAAAAACUUAUAAACAACAGCUUAGCGGACCAUAUAAUAAUAAAAUUUAAUUUGGAGCUAACAGCAGUUUAUAAAUUACCAGCACAUCCACUGAAACCGGAAACAGAUAUGUACCACAUAACCGAGAUGAUGCGAUUGUCUAGAGCAGAUGAUAUUGACGAUACUCUAAAGUAUCAAAUAGACAGCAUUAAAGCUAAGAUGUCCGAAUUUCAAGAAAGAGAUUCAGGUUGGACACUUAUUAAAAUAAAAUGGUUGGAUAUUAACAUCAAUAAAGCAUCCCCACUAAAUGGAUCUUCAUACAUUCCAACUCCAGUUGAAUUGGUAAAGAAGAAGGCAUGUAUUAAUAUAAUCAAUAAUGAUAUAUUCUGUUUUAAGUGGUGUAUAAUAGCAGCCCUUUACAAUGGAAAUAGUAUCAAUACAAUCAGAACUUCAACGUAUAAGAUAAAUAAUAUUUCAGACAAUAUUAUAAUAUUGAGAUGUGGCAGAGUAUUAAACUUCUCUACAAUGAACUUUCCAGCUGAUAUAAAGGAAAUUAAAUUAUUUGAAAAAAAUAAUAUUGACAUAAGUAUAAAUGUCUUUGGAUAUGACAAGAAGCUGAAAAGUGUAGUCGGACCAUAUUACAUUACAACUAAUGAGAAGAUUAUACAUAUAAAUCUAAUGUUGUUGGAAAGUGAAGAUAUGGAGACAUACCACUAUAUUUUAAUAAAAAAUAUAUCAAGGUAAUUAUGAUAAUAAUAUUUAAUAGUAAUUCCAAUAAAAUUAAAAUUAAUCCAUUUUUUAGACUUCUAUCUAAUCAAAUUUCAUCAUGCAAUGGUAGUAAAUUGUUUUGUAAUGCAUGUCUAUAUCACACCAAUUUACCGGAAAGAAUGGCGACACAUAAGGAGAAAGAAUGUGGGAAAUGUAUUUCAAAAAUGCCUGCGGGAGAAAAAUCAUUUAUUAGCUAUAAGCAUUUCGAGAGGCAAAUGGACAUUCCAUUCUCAAUUUAUGCAGAUUUUGAGUGUAUACUUCAGGAUAUCGAUGUAAGUAAUGAUAAUGAGAUUAAUUCUAAUUUUAUAAAAAAGCAUAUUCCAUGUGCAUAUGCAUUUAGCAUUAAGUGUAAUUUUAAUGAAAAUUUACAUAGAUUUAUGAUAUUUACUGAUAGCAAUACUAAUAUAAAUGUUGGUGAACAUUUUGUUAAAAGCUUAAUUGAACAAUGUAGGGAUAUCUAUAAAAAACAUUUUGAAAAACUUGUUCCAAUGCAACCCUUAACUCCCUUAGAAGAAGAACAUUUACAAAGGGCCACUGAUUGUCAUAUCUGUGGUAAAAGUUUAGGAGUUGAAUUAGCUGUUAGAGAUCAUUGUCACUUGUCAGGAAAAUAUAGGGGACCUGCACAUAAUUCAUGUAAUCUUAAUUUUAAAGUUCCAAAUUUUAUACCAAUUUUUUUCCACAACUUUUCUUCAUAUGAUUGUCAUUUGUUUGUGAAAGACUUGUUAAAUAUUAAAGGACAGACGAAUAUUAUACCCAUAAAUAAAGAGUUGUAUAUUUCACUAUCGCAUACAAUACGUGUAUAUAGUGAUGAUGAGAUUGAAACUUUAUUGGAUGAGAUACGUAUACAAAAAAUCAAAAAAAACAUUCCUGAGGCAAUUAUUAAAAAACAACUUGAGAGUAUACGAUAUGAAAAAAGUCAGAAAAAAGUUGAGCUAAGAUUUUUAGACUCUUAUAGAUUUAUGGCAUCUGGGUUAGAUGUAUUAGCUAGUAAUUUAUCAGAUAAUGACUUAGAAACGGUUCGAAAGUGUUUUCCAGACUCUGAACAGUUUAAUAUUAUGAGGCGGAAGGGCGUUUUUCCUUAUGAGUAUGUUAAUACAUUUGAUAAAUUAGAUGAAAAUAAACUACCUCCUAUAGAAGCAUUUUAUAGUAAAUUAAAUAAUAAAAAUUGUUCUGAAGAAGAAUAUUUACGUGCACAGACUAAGUAUAUGGAAAAAAUUUAAUUGUAAAACUAUUAGGGACUAUAUGAAAUUAUACUUGAAGACUGAUGUACUACUACUCACCGAUGUCUUUGAAAAUUUUAGAAAGGUAUGCAAGAGAAUUUAUAAUUUAGAUCCAGCGCAUUACUAUACAAUUCCUGGUCUGUCAUGGGAUGCCAUGUUAAAAUAUACAAAAAUUGAACUGGAACUUAUAACUGAUCUUGAAAUGUAUAAUUUUAUUAAGCGGGGUAUUCGAGGUGGUCUUACCCAAUGUAGUAAGAGAUAUAGUAAGGCGAAUCAUAAGUAUUUAAACAAUUAUGAUGAUACGAAACCAUCUGAAUAUAUUUUGUAUUUAGAUGCAAAUAAUCUUUAUGGUUGGGCGAUGUCAGAAUCACUUCCAUAUGGAGAAUUCACUUGGAGAAAUGAUUUCAUUCAUCCACGAGGCAUCCCACAAAAUUCCGAAGUAGGUUACAUUUAUGAAGUGGAUUUGACUUAUCCCAUUGGCUCUCAUGAUUAUCAUAAUGAUUUACCUUUUUGUGUGGAAAAUAAAAUAAUUGGUGGAAGUAAGCAUGAAAAAUUAAUAGCUGAUCUGUCUAAUAAAACUAAAUAUAUAAUACAUUAUAAAACGUUAGAACAAUGUUUGAAUAAUGGAUUAGUUUUAGAAAAACUUCAUCGAAUUCUCCAAUUUAAACAUUAGCCCUGGUUGAAGACAUAUAUUGAUUUGAAUACUGAAUAUAGAACAAGAGCAACUAAUUCAUUUGAAAAAGAUUUUUAUAAAUUACUUAAUAAUGCAGUAUACGGAAAGACUAUGGAAAAUGUUGAUAAAAGGAAAGAUGUACGUUUGGUAACUGAAUGGGAUCGAAGUAAUCGUAAUCAUUUAGGAGUAGGAAAUCUAGUAUCAAAACCAAAUUUUCAUAGCAUUUCACAAUUUACCAAUACAUUAUGGGCUAUACAAAUGAAUAAAACCCUAACGUAUUAUAACAAACCGAUUUAUUUAGGGUUUUGUGUUCUAGAGUUAUCUAAAUGGAAAAUGUAUGAUUUUCAUUAUGCAUAUAUGAAACCAAAAUAUAAUAAUAAAAUAAAUUUAAAUUAUAUGGAUACAGAUUCUUUUAUAUACUCAAUUAAAACAGAUGAUUUUUAUAAUGACAUUCGCUCUGAUAUAAAAGACCGGUUUGAUACUUCAUCAUACUCAGAAAAAAACCCAUUAAAUUUACCUCUGUUAAAUAAAAAAGUAUUAGGUAAGAUGAAAGAUGAAUGUGAGGGCAAAUUCAUAACUGAAUAUGUAGGUUUAGCACCUAAAGUAUACGCAUAUACUGUCGAAGGUGAGGAAGAUGUGAAGAAAGCUAAGGGAGUUAAGAAAUGUAUUGCAAAUAAUUAUAAUAUAGAUACUUAUAAGCAUGUUUUAUUCAAUAAAGAAGUUGUUACAGCUUCUAUGCAAACAUUUACCUCUAAAUUACAUACUAUUCUAACUAAUCAAGUAAAUAAACUAGCUGAGUUAUAAUGACACUAAGCGUAAAGUUAUGGAUGAUAAUGUAAAUACGUAUGCUUGGCAUCAUUACACAUUCGAUACUGGUAAUGGAGAUUUCGAAUUAGACAUGUUAAUAAAUGAUAUAGAAUUAAACAAAAUGUAAAGAAAUAUUUAUAAGUAAUUUAUAUAAUAUAUAAGAUGUA